AUGUUAGCUACGACUAAGAAGUUAGAACAAGAUAUUAAGCAAUUGGAAGAUCGUUUGGCUAUUGUGAAAGCGACACUUGAUCGAGAACGAAGAGCAUGGCAACAAAGUUCACAAUUAGGACCAAGUGGUACGAAAUGGAAGGGAGCAGCACAAUUACAAGACAACAAGAACGAAAGAAUGUAUGGUGUAGAAUCAUCAAUCGUACAAAAGCCGAACUUGGCUCGAUCAAAAUCAAUUUCGUUUCAGAAUAUUGCCACGACACUUUGUUGGAAUUGUAAGAUAAUUCGUCUUUGUCAUCGUCUCUACGAAAGUGUUUCGUGUCUCGAGAUUUCUGUUCACAAACUUGUCGAGAACAAGUAG